ACACAGCUAUAGAAUCUUACUGAACGCAGUGAGCGUAGACACGGCCUGAUCGAAUUCUUUCUGUUCACAAUGCCAGUCACAAUGCGCUCGCUUAGAGCUUUUACUUUCCUUUCAAACCCGUGUGACUGUGCAAUAGGAGCUAAGUAAAAACACCUUUGUAUUAGAGACAGCCAUUUCACCCCCCUACGCAUUUAAGAGAGAUAUUCUUUUUGUGCUUGAAUGCCUGCGAGAGAAGGAGGUGGGUUAUGUGUACUCUUCCCGUCUUUUAUCUCGACAAAAUCGUUCGAAUGGUGCAGAAAAGGGAAAGCAGCCCGUGAGAAAUGCUUUCAUUUGUAAGGAGCAGUAGUGGCACCAAAUGUGCAAACCCCGCUUGGAUAUAACGGAACUGAAUUUUUGGACCAGUUGACGACAACUCCGAGCAGAUAAUACGCCAGGGCUUUGAGGAACACGGAAUCAAGACCAUAAAAUUCUGUAUGCAAACAAGGAUAUUUCUUCACCCACACCCAGUGCGGAUUGACGUUUUAUGAGUUCGUUUUUCAUUCAGCACUUGAAACGAAUAUGGCUGGAGGGGAGUAAGUUUUAGCGGACUGGGAAGCGGGGAGCGGUAAUGGAGGCCACUAGUUUGAUUACAGGCAAUGACGCUACCAGCAGUGCUAAGCGGAGAAGACAGGAUGCCUACAGGAAGGACCUGGAGCUUCAGAUGCGGGAGAAGGAUGCUGCCAAACUCAGAGUUCCAGAGCAAGAGGGUUUCCACAGUGCCCGGGCCCAAACGUACGCGGGCGGGCGUCCGGGCAGCAUAUACGUAGGGGAGUCCCCGCGCGUCGCAGCAGGGGGUGCACCACCUUUACAGCUCAGUAGAUUGCACCUGGACAACACAGCCGGUCUGCAGCACUAUCCUCUCACGGAGGCCACAGCUGGCGCACCGGCAGGAGCUCCUUAUCACUCGAUCAACCAAGCCUACAAUUUCUACGCCACCAGAGAUCUUGACAGACCAGGUUACGGCUCAAUUGUACAGCCUCUUGUUGUGCCGUACGUUGACAACCGGCCAAUCAUCAUGCCAGGGCGUUACGAGGGAGGACACGACUACCAUCCAAAGUUUAACCCCUUCCAAAACAACGACGCCUCGUUUCACAAAGAACUGAAAACAAUGCUAGGGAUAUCUCAGUUGGAGGUGGAGCGAAGGAAAGCCCAGAUGGCCAAAGAUCAGGACGAUCAGCAUCGAAGGUUGAGGAGAGAAAUUGACGACGAGAGGAGGAGACUGGCUGACCAAGAGUCAGAGGCUCGGCGGCGAUUGGAAGCCAUGAGGCGAGACCUGGACGACAAGCGGAAGGAACACGACAGACAAAGACUGUAUGCAGAGAAGGCGAAGUCCGUGGCCAUAGAGGCGCCGAAGACAGCUCCUCUUGUGGUGCGUCCGUCCAGCAACACACUUCUUCACGACAUGGAAGAUACGAGAAAACGUCUGAUUGACGAGAGACUCAAGAUCGAAGAACUGCUCAGAGCUCAACAGACCUCCUACCCCGCCGGAUCCAGACCACGCUAACCCAAACGUGGUACAAGAGUUCAAUCUGCUGAAGAACAAAGAGGCACGUACCAGACAAAUGUUCCGUUCCGUCUACCCUGACGUUCCAGAGACCAACAACCGUCUUGACUAUCAGCAGAAGGCCCUACUUAGGCAGCAGGAGCAGUCUUUGAUCAACAGAGCACAUGCUCCACACGCCAAGACAGUGACCUACAAGUCCUCAAUGCACUAUGGUCGACCUGAUUGGAUGGACAAAACGCCGACGCCAUUCCCUCAUAGAGAGCAUGUGACCCUGACAAAAUCAUUGACCAGUACGAGAGCCUGAGACUGCGUGGCCACAGGCCCUCUUCCGCGGAUACUCUGACAGAUGACACUUGGCUCCGCCCUGCCUCUGUGACUGUCGUGUGAUUGACAGACAUGGCCAUGCCCUACAUUUUUAGUUCUUGAUCACGCAAGCUUACUUUAUGAACAGCAAGGGAGUUUUUCAGUUGUACUGUAUAUUAUUAUUAUCAUUAUUGUUUCUUCUUUGUAAAAUAGUAUUUAAAGUCACGCAAUAAAAUAUCGUAUACCAAUAUUA